CCAGAACCACAACAUUUAGGCAUUAGCAAAGUGAAAACAGAAAGCAACAGUAAAGAGCGUAAAAUGCCUCUCCAUUAGCAAAAUUCAAAUUAAUUAAACAAAAGUGAUGAAGAUUUAUAUAAACAAAGCAUGGGGAGAUAGAGAUGGCACACUGUCCUAAACUCUCUCUCUCUCUCUAAUGAACAAAAAAAGCUUCACUCUGAUCUCCCCCUCGGCCAUGUCAAUAUGAUUCGAAUGUAAAUGUUAUUGUCGACUGUCUUACCAUCACCAAUGGCAAUGUCUUCUUUUCCUCCUAAUAAUCCUACUAACCUAGGCGGCGGCUUCUUAUUCCUUGUUGUGUUAUUCAUUGCUUCAAGUUGCUCUACCUUUCUCUUCCAGAUCUGUUCUGCACAGCAGAAUGUAGAUCCCACCCUGGGCCUCAAGUUUGAAAACCCCAGGCUUGAGCAGGCCUACAUCGGCCUGCAGGCUUGGAAAUCCGCCAUCUUCUCCGACCCUUCCAACUUCACUACCAACUGGAAUGGCUCCGAUGUGUGCUCCUACAUGGGAGUCUACUGUGCUCCUUCUCCCAGCAAUGCCUCCCUCCGCGUGGUGGCAGGCGUGGACCUCAACCACGCAGACAUUGCCGGCUACCUCCCUCCCGAGCUGGGCCUCCUCUCCGAUCUCGCUCUCUUCCAUCUCAACUCCAACCGCUUCUGCGGCGUGGUUCCCAGCACUUUCCGCCGUCUGAAGCUCCUCCACGAGCUGGACCUCAGCAACAACCGCUUCGUGGGAAGCUUCCCGGAGGUGGUGCUGUCGCUGCCGGCGCUCAAGUACUUGGAUCUCCGUUUCAACGAGUUCGAAGGCCCCGUGCCCAGGCAGCUGUUCGACAAGAAGCUGGACGCGGUGUUCCUGAACGACAACAGGUUCCGGUUCGGGAUCCCGGAGAACCUGGGCAACUCGCCGGUAUCGGUGCUGGUGUUUGCGAACAACAAUCUGGGCGGUUGCAUCCCGGGCAGCAUUGGGAAGAUGGGGAAGACGCUGAAUGAGAUCAUCCUGCUGAACGACAACCUAACAGGGUGCUUGCCUCCGGAGAUCGGGCUUCUGAGGAAGGUGACGGUGUUCGAUGUGAGUUUCAACGAGCUUCAAGGAUCUUUGCCGUCCAGCAUCGGCACCAUGAGGAGUUUGGAGCAGCUGGACGUGGCGCACAACAGAUUCACCGGGGUUAUACCGGCGAGUGUGUGUCAGCUGCCAAGCUUGCAGAAUUUCACCUAUUCCUUCAACUAUUUCACGGGAGAGCCUCCGUCUUGUACUACUACAAGUAUCAUCAAUGAUGGUCGCAAGAACUGUAUCCCUGGCAAGUUGGAUCAGCGAUCUGCUAGGGAAUGUGCUUCCCGAGCUGCACGCCCUGUGGACUGUGGCAAGAUCAAGUGUGGAGGCGGAGGCGGAAGAGGUGGUGGCAGUGGAUCAUCGGCGUCUUCUCCACCCCCGCCGCCACAGUCAAGUAGAUCAUCCCCCGUUGUGAGAAAACCACCACCACCACCAAAACGACUACGAGCUGAGUUGCCGCCACCUCCACCCCCCACUUCAGAGUCAUCGCCUUCCACCAGAUCACACCCCCCUCCACCGCCAUCUCCAUUAGUAUUAGCACCAUCCCCAUUGCCUCCACCUCCACCUCCACCAACCCCAAAAGUACCACCCAGCCCCAUGACACAUUUUCCACCACCACCACCACCCUCGUCCUCAAUCUAUCCACCUCCACCUCCAUCAACCUAUCAGCAACAUCCCACACAUCCACCUCCACCACCACCACCACCACCACCACCACCACCACCACCACCAUCGUAUCAGCAACACCCAACGCCAACACUGUCACCGCCACCACCACCGCCUUCUUCGGCUGAGGUCCCCGUACCAAGUUAUCAUUCACAUAGUCCUCCACCACCUCCACCGUCUCCAACCUAUCAGUAUCCAAAACCACCUCCACCUCCAUAUUCAGCUGAUGUACCAGUCCCAAGUUAUCAUCCAUACAGUCCUCCACCACCUCCACAAUCUCCGUGGCCUCUGCCUCCGCCUCCGCCAAGUACUGGGUGUACUACUCCAGCAGCAGGGUCACCACCCCCACCAAACCAUGAACAUUCAUCACCCGUUCCAUCAUCUCCAAAACCAAGCCAUCAUCCCCCACACCCACUUCCUACACCUCAUCAACAAUGGCACCACCCACCAUCUUCUUGGCACCAGCAAACUCCUCCGCCACCCACUACCCCUCUUCCUCCUGUCAUAGGAGUUUCUUACGCAUCUCCUCCUCCACCUCUAAUUCCCUACUAUUAAUUAUUUAAUUAAUUCCACUUCUCUGUAUUCUUUUGCUGCAUCACAUUUCAUUCCAGAUAUAUAUAUAUAUAUAUAUAUAUAUAUAUAUAUAUGUAUGUAUCAGCAUUCUAUACCGUGUGCUUGUUUUCUUUUCGUUUGUUUUAUUAAGCAAUGUUCUUUCCCCCCCCCAAGAGCUGGAUUCAGGUUGCUUCCUUACAAAUAAUAGUUUCAUUCUUGAUCAUUA